AUGAUCAAACUGUCUGAUAGCAGCGAAGCAUUGUUCACCUUCAUCAAGCAAUUUCUAGCAUUGAAGAUGGUGACUGGUUUAAAGGGUGAAGAUAGACUUGACGGAGCUUUGAACUUCACCUCGUGGAAGGUUAGAGUUCUUAUUGCACUUGAAGAGAAUGAUCUACUUCAGUUUGUAGAAGGAAAAGAUCAUCAUGAGCUUGAAGAUCAAGAAGAGAAACUCCAAUUCAAUAAGAAUGUUGUCAAAGCAAAGAAGAUCCUCAUUGACUCCGUGAAGGAUCACCUUGUGCCUAUCAUUUCCAAGAUGUCUUCAGCCAAUGAUAUGUUCAAGACAUUGGAAGGGAUGUAUGAGAUCAACAACACAAGUAGAGCACUUGCAUCGAGGCAGCAACUUCAUCAAGUCAUGAUGGCAAAGGGAGAAUCAAUGAUAUCUUUCUUCAUGAAGAUUGCAGAAUUGAGAGAUCAUCUUAGCGCCAUUGGAGAUGAAGUUGUGGACAAGGAUCUUGUCAUGCUAGUGUUGAAUGGCCUUCCUCACUCUUGGGAGCCAUUUAUCCAAGUUUGGGAAAGGCAGCGCUUGCUGCCUGUGGGUUCGUGGGGGCCCACGGGGCUUUAA